ACUACGGGAAAUAUUGCCCUUUCCUUCUUGUUGUCAUUUCAAAAUGAUUUCCUUUGAGCUUUCCUUGUUAAUUCUCACAAAUUUUUCUCUGUUGUCAUAUUCUUCGAAUGCUAGUUGCUCAAACGAGCCCAAGUGCCGCUGUUACCAAAGCCAAGAAGAUUUUGUUGCUGACUGUAGCAAUCUAAAAGUAUCGUCUUUUCCGGAAUUUAGCGACAAUGUGACUGUGAUUAAUGUGAGUAAAAAUGAUAUCAGUUCCUUUCCACAGGAGUUUCCACCAAAACUCAGGUAUCUGGAUAUAUCUGAAAACAAUUUAACAAGCUGUACAGCAUCUGUUGAAAUCCCGUUUUUGGAUACAUUAAAGAUGGACGCUAAUCACGUGGGUAAUGGCGAAGCAAUGGCAGGUUUGUUUUACAACCUUCAAUCUCUGCGAUUUCUUUCGAUCAAAGACAACAACGACCAUUUACAACUCAAACACGAAAACUACCCUAAAGGCCUGUUUGAGAGACUAGUUAACUUAAAUAGUUUGUUUAUAGAUGGAUUCGAAACUGCGGCUAUUGGCGACCUUUUUAACGUUACCAAUAAUCUAACCCUCUUAGACAUGUCUGGGAUUAAAAGAACAUGUUUCUUACCUAUCAUAAGAAAAGACAUGUUCCAAAAAUUUAAAGAAAUCGAGAAUCUGUCGAUUUCAUAUUGCGAGAUUAAAAGCAUAGAAAAGGGUGCUUUUGAACACUUAAUUAAGCUUGUACAUUUGGACAUUUCCCAUAACGAAGAACUGACACUGGUCGUGUUACCUAACGUUACUUUUAACAUCAACGCAGGAAUAAAGCAUUUGAACUUUGAAAAGCUGCAGUGCACCAUGGGAACAACUCGAGUCUUCAGAACAGAGUAUGUAGAGCACCUAUCGAACACGUCACUGGAAACAAUUAAUAUUGCAUCCAACAGAAUCGCUUAUCUACAAAAGGAAGUACCCAAAACUUUCCCCACGACGCUGAAACUUAUCAACGCUAGUGAAAACUUCUUACUACCCGGAAUUUACUUUUUUUACAUGCAGGAGUUGAAGGGGCUUACUACAGUGGAUGUUAGCUAUCAGUAUCACCAACAUCAAAGGUUCGACGAAUUUUUCCAGCGUUGCAAUGAUGAAAACAAUCAAUUACCCUACAGUCAAAAGGGGAGGGAGUUGACAUAUGGAGAGACAGAUAUAGCCGAUGUAGAUCCGACCAAGAAAAGCAAUAGUUUGCUUGACUUUCCUUUUGCCUUAAAUGACAAACUUAACCUAACCUUUUAUAUGCCACCCAAAUUAAAGAUUUUAUACCUUCAUCAUACACAUUAUACUUUAUAUGUGAAUUUGUCCAUCAUAGCAAACAACAGCCAAUUAACACAUAUAUAUGCAAACAACAACUUUUUUAUCGAAAGCUUGUAUCCGAUUUUUGGAAUAAGUAAGUUAAUCUACUUAGAUUUAUCGUACAACCUUCUGAAUAAUAUUUCGGGAAUGAGAGUAAACGAUUUCUACAACUUAAGAUAUCUAGACCUGUCAUUCAACAAUCUUGGCAGUUCCUUUGAGGAUGAAGCUUGCGCGGCCUCUUUUUCAUCUCUUCAUAAUUUAGAAACAUUAAAUUUAUCAACAAAUCGAAUAUUACGAAUUGCGUCGGGUCUUUUUCAAUCCUUGAAAAAUAUUAAACACUUAAAUUUCAGUUUCAAUAAACUUAACGAAUGGCCAAUACAAAUGAAUCACAUGAAGCUUCUAACGUCCUUAGACCUCUCUUACAACGAGUUAAAGGUUCUUAGCAAAAGAAAUAUGGAUGAUCUUAAUUUUCUUGCCUCGGCAAAUCUGACCAUUAAUCUUUAUGGAAACCCGUUGAUCUGUACGUGCGAUAGUGUCCAGUUUUGGGCGUGGUUAACUGAUUUAUCGCACAUGACUAUCCGUAACGUCGAUCAUCACAAAUGUGUCCUGUCCAAUGGUUCCAGUGUAGCAAUUGGAAAUGUUUCUCACUUUGUCCAGGAGCUGAGAAAAGAGUGCACCACCUAUCUUUUCAUUACUCUUGGAAGUUCAAUAUGUGUUCUGGUUUUUCUGGUUAUUACGACAUGGAAAAUUAUCCACAGAUACCGCUGGACUUUACGGUACUGGUACUACGUAUCAAGGAGCGCGCCAAAACGUUACAAAAGUUAUCAGCAUCCCCACUUCCGCUAUGAUGCGUACAUGUCUUAUGACGAAGAGGACCGUGACGUAGCCUUGCGUUUAACUGAAAUGCUUGAAACCAAAAAGCAAAAGAAAUGUUGUCUCCCGGAGAGAGAUUUCAUGCCAGGAACCAACAUGUUUGACAACGUCAUCAACGCAGUUCACGUCAGUAGAAAAGUCGUGUGUAUCAUGUCUGAAAAUUACAUGAUAUCUUAUUGGCCAAUGUUUGAAUUUCAAAUAGGACAAAUGGACGCAAUGCACUCAAGCUACCGAAAGAACAAGAAGGUGUUCAUUGCUGUACUUCUCAGAAGGAGUCUCCGAGUGGAAACCAUGCAACCUGCCAUUUUAGGGGUACUAGAAUCUGACUGCUGUAUUGCAUGCAAUUCGGACGAAAAUAUUCUAUUUGUAUGUUCAGAGAAACUUGAUAAUCUUUUACAACUGGACAUGUAACUGUAAUUGCGAUACAACUGACAUACAUUCGUCAUUUGAGAUAAGUACGAUGGCAUCUUCUGUAGAAAAUUAAAAUCGAAUGUUCUCAUUUAUUCUAGAAUUGCUCAUUUUGAUCAUUGAAGAAACUACCAUUGCUCACGCUCACACUCACUAUUGACACAUUUAACACACGUGCACAGACGAAAAGGAAAACCAUAUGUGGUUCUUUUGUUGUUACUAACAUGUGGUUGUAUGAGAUUUAUUUAUCAAAAAAAAAUCAAUUAGUUAUAUUGUCAUAUAUAAGUUCAUAUGAUAUUUUAUAUUUUGGCUUUGUAGUUUUAGAACCACCUAAAUAGAGCCGUAGGCUUACACGUACCUUUAAGACAUAGUUUCUACGUAUGUUCUGUUUCCGAAGGGGUGUUUUAUGUACGAAAUUUAUUGCUUUUUUAAGUUUGUUUAACUUUGUUUUAUUGGUUUAUUGGUUCCCUCGUAUUUUUUUGUUUAAAUAUAUUCUUUGCUUAAUCUUCUUGGUGACAAGUUGACAUGAUCAUGACUGUUCUAAAGACGUUUACUGAAACAAUAUUUAUUUCUUAUAUGGUUUUGUCUGUGCCGUGAGGAGCACUCUCGGAGUGUGUGGGGUUGUCCAUUCCCAUCAGAAUGGUGCUACACAAGAAGUAGACCACCAGAAACACAAUCCAGUUUGUGCGUCCCAGUAAGAAUAAUACCGUCGGUUCGAAGCUCGACGAUAAAGUCUCUACGACAGACUGUGGAGAUAUACUAUCUCAAAUGAUUUAUGAUAGAAGACUUUACUGGACAAAAAGAGUUAUCGCUCGUGAUAUAGUCGUCAUAAGUAAUUUGUCACUCUUGGUUCUGUAGCUUUUAGCACUUAAUAGAGGACCACUUUCGUGACAUUGUGAGCUAAUUUCACAUUAUUUAGUUUAGCUGAAGACUGAAGGUCCAACUUGUGUAGUUUAUGGAGCUAAACAAAAGAGAAAAGUUUAAAGAUGGACAAGAUUCAAGAAUGAAAGCAGAAUAUAAAUUUUGAGACAUCUUGACGAUUAAAACCAGUUACAUCUUAUGCGUAAUAUUCAUGCAGCAUUCAGAUUGAUUUAAUAAAAGGAAUACAUAUGAUUUGAGCCUAAAACAGCCCCAUUGAA